UCUUCAUGCCUGUCAGAGUGGCUGGAGGCAGUGGCGGCUCUCAGGGCUGGGUUGUCAGUCAGUGUGAGGUGGGGGAAGAUGGCUCGCCGGGACCCAGUCUGCUAGGAAGAAGGGGGGCAGGUGGUGCUGCUACUCUGGAGGAAGCACAGCCCCGCCGUCGUGGUGGCUGCAAGCCGCUCAGGUCAGGUCGAGGUUCCGCAGUGGAGCUCCAGUAGCCACUCUGGAGAAAAGUGGUGUUUCAGGAUGACGAAUGUGGCAGUGAUGUGCAUGGUGCAUGCAGAAGGAAGGAACCACGGCAGGGAGGCUUCGUAACCAGCCUAUGUCAGAACAAUAAAGGCCUAGACUCAGAGUGUUGCUGUGGAGAUGGAAAGCAGAUGAUUAAAGGCUUGGAACAGAUGUGGCAAGAUGUUCACUUCAGAGAGAGGGGUUGUGGAAGAAUGGUUAUCAGAAUUUAAGACCCUGCCAGAAACAUCUUUACCACAUUAUGCCACAAAUUUGAAAGACAAGAGCUCUUUAGUUUCAUCUCUCUAUAAAGUUAUCCAGGAGCCACAAAGUGAGCUGCUAGAACCAGUCUGUCACCAGCUCUUUGAAUUCUAUCGCAGUGGAGAAGAACACUUGCUUCGAUUUACACUGCAGUUUCUCCCAGAACUGAUUUGGUGCUACCUUGCAGUCUCAGCCAACAGAAAUGUGCACAGCAGUGGGUGCAUUGAAGCUCUUCUUCUAGGGGUUUACAAUUUGGAAAUAGUUGACAAACAGGGACACAGCAAAGUAUUAAGUUUUACAAUUCCAUCUUUAUCCAAACCAUCUGUAUAUCAUGAACCUUCCAGCAUUGGGUCCAUGGCUCUGACUGAGAGUGCACUCUCCCAGCAUGGGUUGUCAAAAGUCGUGUACAGUGGACCUCAUCCUCAAAGGGAGAUGCUCACAGCCCAGAAUAGGUUUGAAGUGUUGACAUUCCUUUUAUUGUGUUACAAUGCUGCCUUAACCUAUAUGCCCAGUGUUUCUCUUCAAUCGUUGUGUCAAAUUUGUUCAAGAAUCUGUGUUUGUGGAUAUCCUCGACAGCAUGUAAGAAAAUACAAAGGUGUAAGUAGCAGGAUACCAGUUUCUUCAGGAUUCAUGGUGCAAAUGUUAACAGGAAUUUAUUUUGCCUUAUAUAAUGGAGAAUGGGAUCUAGCUCAAAAAGCAUUGGAUGAUAUUACAUAUCGAGCCCAGCUAGAAUUAUAUCCAGAGCCAUUACUGGUCGCUAAUGCUAUAAAGGCUUCAUUGCCUCAUGGUGCCAUGAAAUCUAAUAAGGAAGGCACAAGGUGUAUUCAAGUUGAAAUCACACCAACUUCCUCUAGGAUAUCAAGAAAUGCAGUAACCAGCAUGUCAAUAAGAGGUCAUAGGUGGAAAAGACAUGGAAAUACAGAAUUUACAGGUCAAGAAGAACUGAUGGAGAUAUCUGAAGUUGACGAGGGAUUUUAUUCCAGGGCUGCCUCUAGUACCAGCCAGUCGGGUUUAUCAAACAGUAGUCACAAUUGUAGUAACAAGACAAGUGUAGGAAAGAACCAGAGACGGUCAGGAGGAAGCAAAACUGGAGGAAAAGAAAAAGAAACUACAGGGGAAUCUUGCAAAGAUCACUUUGCUCGAAAACAAACUCAGAGAGCCCAAAGUGAGAAUCUUGAACUUCUCUCUUUGAAGAGACUAACUUUAACCACCAGCCAGUCCCUACCUAAGCCUAGUAGCCAUGGUUUGGCUAAGACGGCAGCGACUGUAUUUAGUAAAUCCUUUGAACAAGUCAGUGGUGUCACAGUCCCACAUAACCCGUCACCUGCUGUUGGUUGUGGGACUGGGACAGAUGCCAAUAGGUUUUCUGCUUGUAGUCUCCAAGAAGAAAAGCUUAUUUAUGUUUCAGAAAGGACUGAACUUCCAAUGAAGUAUCAAGCAGGUCAGCAGAGACCUCCUAGUAUUAGCAUUACUCUGUCCACAGAUUAAUUUGUAACAUAGUUUUCUUAUAUCCAGUAAAUAUGGAAAUAUGACUGCUCCUUAAUGAAAGUACCCUGGUUCUUUCAUGCCUGUUCCUAACAUGAGCCCUUACAUUAUGAAGGUUCCCUUGAUCCUGAUGAAGGGAAAAUGCCUAGGUUAGUGAAGGGGAGUAAUGUCUAGAGUUGCAGCAAGUUGAAAUAUGGUUUUGUUAUUUCUUGGUUUGCCCUCUCCUCAAUGUUACUGUUAUCCUAAGAUUGUGGUGUGGCAAUAAAUAUUGGCAGGUUGUCUAAUCAAGUUGGUUACAUCUUCUGUGACAUUUUGAGUUUGUUUUUAAUACCUUCUAUUUUGGUAGCUGUGUGUUUGCCCUUCGCAGUUAAAGGGCAUCUCCACGUAAGGAAACUGGCUUAUAAAGAUGGGACAGAGGAGCAAGUUCAGGAAUUCCACAGCCGGCCUUUCAGCCAUGUACCUGGAAAACAGGUACAUGCAAAAACCAAAAUGCCUACUGUGAAAAGUGCUGGUAAAAACCGCUUGUAACCAAGUCAUCUUUAAGAUUAGAACAGUUUGUUCAAAGCACUGGAAAAUGGCUGCCCAACUCACAGAUGUGUUUUCAUGUGAUUAUUAUGUGGUUCCAGGAGAUGGGCAGGGACAUUUUGUUGAUAUAUUUGGAACGUUUUUAAUAUCAAAACUCAGAUUGCUGGCAGAUAAUGUUGUUAUAAACUGUUUGAUCUGGGUUUAGCAGGUGAAAAUUCCUUUAAAUUCCUAAGGUAUAAUAGGCCAUAAAACUGAUCCUGCUGCUGGACUUUGGAAAUCCUAAUUAGGUUGGAUUCCUAUAAUUCAGAGCACACAUCACUGAAGACUUCCUGGAAAUCAUUAUAAAUCUUGCAACACAGCUCUCAAGAAACCAUUAUCAACUUCAUAAUACUGAAUUGUUUAUCUGCAAAUGAAGGAAAUUAGAUAAGUUUUUCAUCUGUAAGAUGUCAUGAAAGAAAAUAUAUAGUGAAAUAUAGACAAAGGACAUUUAUAUAUUAACUAAUUUAGAGUUGUUUAUGUCUGUCUUAAAUAAAUAUGAAAAAAUUAAAUGUAUUUCUUGAUUGUGAAAAGGCCUAUUUUAAGUGAGUUUUUAUGAUAUGGGAAGAAUAAUCAUUUAUCCUUAAUGAAGAAAGGCAGUCAGGCAGAAGCUAAGUAAACCUGUGUGUAGCUACAGAAGACCAUGGACCCUCUAGGUAGAUGUAAAGGUUUGGUGUUUGGUGUUUGCUGGUGGUAGCCAUUUCAGCUAUGGUUGAGGUUUUCUGUAGAGCAAGUAUGCUUAAGCAGUAUUUCAGAGAGAGAGAGAAAGGAGUAGGGAGAGACUGGGGAGCAGGGCUGAGGAUGAGGGUAGGUGGCUGGAAGGAAGGCCUUGGAUGCUGUACAUUUCUUGAAUGCUUUUAUUUUUAGUACACAGUGUUUUCCUUAUUCAUGGUUCCUAGCCAUGAUCACAAAGAAAACAUGCCAGUGUUCCCCCUUGUGCAUGUUCAUGCACAGCUCAAAUAUAGUAUGUAAAAACUUAUAUAUGUUGAACAGUGUCAGGCAUUUACACUACAGUUUUAACCAUGACUGCUUUGCCCAAUAUUUCAAAAAUCAUGAACUAGUUCCCACUCAUUAGUCUUGUAUAUAAUGUGGUUUUCACCACAAAUUUGGUAUUUUUAAUUUUAGUAAGAGAAUGGAAUAAGAUCUGUUUGCAUAAAUGGUGGUCAAAAACUGAAAGGCAAUUAAAUAGAGUUGAUUUUGUAUUAAUUUAAUAUUAACCUUGUGUUGUACAAUUUAAAAUAUGUAUAAAAUAUUACUGUGAAUUUCCUAUUGUCUUUUCCUAAUUCUUUAACAAAAUUUCUCCUACACAGAGUUACUAACAAUAUUGACCUUAUGGUAUUAAGAAGUAAGUUAUAAAAAAAAAGAAGUAAGUUAAAAUAUUUGAAUCAAGAUGCUUAGAAAUGUAGAGUAAAUUUGAAGAAACGUUAGGUGGUACAGACAAGAGAGCAGAUUUUGGUAUCCUACCACUGUAAGGAAACCUGAUUUUGGUAUUAUUUUAGCCUUUUCUAUUAAUAUGGACCAGUAAGUCUGAGGACCAGUAAGGCAAAUUGGCAUCAUUUGACAUUUUGGUAAAAAGGCAAGAUUUCAAGACCAUGCCAUGUGAAUCAAAAUUGGCAUUUUAACAAGAUUCUCAAGUGGUUUUUAUGCAUGUUAAUAUUUGAGAAAAUAGUAUCAGUACAAACAAAUUACUUGUCUAAUAUGUAGGAUUCUCAAUAGUUUCAUAACCCUAGAUCAAAUAAAUAUUUAAUAUUAAAUAUUAUUAUAAUCUUUAUUGUUUUGACAGCUAAUUAACUUUUUAAUAGCACUGACUCAUCACUUAUCUUCUGAUUCUGAAUACCUAAUGAUCCUUAUUUAUUACUGUGAUAAAAAUGUAAAUUUUAUAUUUUUCUUGUUUGUUAUAAAUAAAAUCAGAAGUGUAGAUACCCGUAAGUUUAAGUAUGUGAGGUUAUACCUUUUGUACUUAAACUUUUAUACAGUGCACAACAAAUUUGCAUGUGUGUAUUCUUUGUUUUCAGGAUUUCUUACUCAGUGGGGGUGAUUCUGAAUUUUUCUUGAAGUUAUUCGCACUAAUUGGUUUUUUGUACUAUGGAAAUAACAAUAAAAUUCUUUUAUAGUACCUUUGAUACUAUUUCAAAUAAGAAUUGUACAGUGACAAUUUUUAUUACAACUAUGAGAAUUAGAUGAUACUAACUGUAGCAACAAUUGUUAUUGACCUUAUGACUCCCUAGUCACUUUUUGUAAGGUGAGUUGGCUUUUUUCUAGGUCAUAUUCCUUUAAAGACGCUGAUGAUCUCAGGCCUCCUGUGUAUCCAGAAUAAUACCUUUUAUCAAAAGGAAGACUCCACAUAAAACUCUAGUUAUGCCCCAUAGUUGAGAGGAUGUGAGCAGAAAGUGCAGUUCUUUUCCACAUUUUAAGCCUCUAAGGAUUCUUGAAAUCACCCAGUCCUCCUCCUGAAUUCCAGCUGCCUGAAUGUUCCAGUGAAGCUGGACCCAGCACUGAGCUCUUGGGACCCAAGUUGGGAGAGAAGCAAAGUACACUUUUCAGGGGAGGGUCGCAGAGUACUUAGGACAAAGCAUCAUUCUCUCUCUAAAGCCACAAGAAAGCGCCUUGGAGUCCCUUGUUCCCCAUUGUGUAACUUUCUAAGGCAAAUUAUAUAGACUUGAAGAAUAGAAAUUUUUAGUCCUUAAAUGACUGUUUGGUUUUUUUUUUUAAAAAGCAAUAUUUCAUUGCCUUUUUCAAUUGUGAAACAACUGUUCACUUUUUUAAAAGUUAAAUAAGAGAAAUACUUUUUAAAACCAAAAUAGAUCAAAAUGAUCCCAGUUUUACGGGAUUUUGCCUAUUUUGGAAGAAUAAAACUAAACUGUUCAAGGUCUUAAUUCAUGAGGAAAAAUGGUACUGCGAGAAUUAGGUAAGGCAGUUUAAUGUUUGCAUCUAUAGGAAUAAUAAAUCUGUACUAACGGAAAGCACAUUGAAGGAAAUAUGUAUGUUAAAUAAUGUAAUUGAAAAAACUACAAAAAACAAUGUAAAAGGCAAAUAGAUUUGAUAGGUACUUAAACUAAGUGUUGUAGAUAGAAAUUAAUGUAUAAUAGUGUCUUCCUAAUCUUUGGAUGAAAAAUUAAUACCCUCUAGUCCUUCAGUUAGCAUGGAUUUAUAUUUUUAGAUUUGUUGCUUAGUGAAACUAUACUUAAUAUAUUGUUAUUCAAAUUUUAAUAUUGUGAAAUUCUUCACGAAGUAUAUUGUCUUUGUAACUUGUAUGUAUCUAAUGAGUCUAACAGUGAACAUUUUUGAAAAUGUUUUUGUGUUUUUUAUAGUGGAGUUCUAAGAGCACCUGUGUCUUAAUAUAAAGUUUUGACUAGAAAACUCAAGAUCUAUUUCAUAUUCUGUUAAAUUCUCUCAGAUGAAGCUUGUUGUGUACCUCUUCUAGUCAUGUAGUGAUAUUAAUCUUUUCCUGAUAAACAUUCUUGUUUCUAGCUGUAUUCCUAGUGUUUACAUUCCUGAAGAUUGAACAUGACUGAAUAUUUUUACAUGUUCUGUACCCUUUUAAGGAUAUAGAAAUAAACUGGAGUUUAGUCUUUUGAAGUUUUGUACAUUUGUGUAAAUGUUCUCCAUAUGCAGUACUUUAUACAGUAAGUGUUGCCUGGUAUUAUUGAAAUAAAAAGUGAAAAAUA